UCAUUGUUCAUUGGGCUCUACCAAGAUGGAUAGUGGCUGGAACAGAGCGGCUUUGUUCUCUUUGUUAUGUUUUCAUGUUGUUGUGUCCAGUGUGCUUGCUAGGGGAGUGGCUAAAGCGAGGAAUGAGGAGGAGGAGAAGUUUCUGUUCUAUGGCAAGGGUGGUGGACUAGGAGGUGGAUAUGGUGGUGGCAGUGGUUCUGGAGGAGGAGGAGCUGGUGGUGGCAGUGGUUUUGGAGGUGGAGGAGCUGGUGGUGGCAGUGGUUUUGGAGGUGGAGGAACUGGUGGUGGCAGUGGUUUUGGAGGUGGAAGUGGUGGCGGCGGUGGUCUUGGAGGUGGAAGUGGUGGCGGCGGUGGUCUUGGAGGUGGAAGUGGAGGAGGCUUUGGAGGGGGUCAUGGGAUUGGUGGUGGUGUAGGAGGUGGAGGUGGAGAUGGAGAUGGAGAUGGAGAUGGAGGCCUUGGAGGUGGUGAUGGUGGCGGGUUUGGUAAUGGUGGUGGUUAUGGCGGAGGAUUUGGGGGUGGAGGUCUUGGAGGUGGAGGAGGGUUCGGUAAGGGUGGUGGAUUCGGUGGUGGCAUUGGAAAGGGUGGAGGACUUGGUGGUGAUGGUGGAGGUGGAGGUGGCUCGGGUGGUGGGUUUGGCGGCGGCGGAAAUGGACACCACUAAGCUUUUUACUUUGCAGUAAAAAUCCCAUAAUCACAUUAAUACACGUAUUAUUACCACAUGAAAAUGUUCUCAUGCAUUAGAUUACUUAAAAUGUUUUGUGUACCUUUAUGCUUCACAUGAAUAUUGUUAUGUUAUUAUAUUUCUUUUCUUAAUCUUCCUCACAAUAAUUACUGAAAAUUUAUA